UUCUGUAACACCGUCUGCUCCAAUAUUUUAACACAAGCUACAUGGACGACAUUUAAUUUUCUGAGGAAAUCGAGACUUAUCACUGUCAAUUUACCAAUACACUGACUAAUGUAACCAUUCUGGUGGAAUAUUGAAAUAACAAUCUUCAAAACAAGUUUUUUGGAAACCACCGACAAACAUGUAAGAACGAAAUAGUUUUCUAUUUAACAACAGAAAUAUUAUCAAAAUAUGGCAUCCCUUUCCGAGGAAGAAGAGAAUUAUGUCCGAUUAGCUUUGUUAUUGAAAGGAGUGUCACCAAGAGCGGUCCGUUCUUUCUUUGACGUACAAUUUCCACCGCCCUUUUUGCCAGCGACGUUGAAAACAAAUCACAAAACUCUUCGUGACUUGUAUUUAAAGAGAAUCUUGAACCAGGCUCAGACGAAUCUGUUGAAUCCCGGACAUGGCGUUCCUGAUUCCAAAUCUUUUGAUGUCACCUUAAUGAUUUGUUUGAUCAGAAAUUUGACAUCUAUUAUUCCUCCAAUCAAUGGAUUUGACAGUCUACCGCUGUCUAUAGAAACAACUCCAGGUCCUGAUCUUGCAAGAAUAAAGUGGUAUAGAAAUAUACUAGCUCAUCAUGAUAGUAAAACAAUAGACACUGCUUAUUUCAAUACAGCAUGGAGAGAGAUAUCAGACGCUAUAAGUCGACUGGGUGGUGUGCCAAUGAACCAAGAGUGCCAUGAAUUAAAGGUGAAAAUCUUAGAUCAGUCAAAUCAGGAAAUUAUGUUGGAAAUUAAACAAUCACAGGAAGAGAUCAAAGAACUGAGACAAACAGUGGACAGUUUAGGGAUGGAAAACUCAAAAGUGACAGUAAACCUGAAAAAUAUGCAAGAUUCUUAUACGUCUUUACAGACUGAACACACAAAAGUUACAGAGGAAAUAAAGAUAUUAAAAGACCCGAUGCCAUGGAACAUCAAAGAGCAAGUAAAAGAGGAAUUACAAACUUGGAAAGAAGCUGAUUCAAUAUUUAUAGAAACUAAUGGAAGCAAAAGUGUUUUGAAUCGUUUGGCAGAAAAGAACUGUAUUGUUGUCACUGGAAGUUCGGGUACAGGAAAAUCAUCAUUGGUGCGUCACGUUGCACUAAACAUGCAAAAAGAAGGCUUUGAUAUCAUACCAGUUACUACUCCUAAGGAAAUUAUCAAUUGGUACAAUCCAAGUAAGAAGAUUUUGUUUGUUGUUGAUGAUUUUUGUGGAACAUAUACUUUGAAUCAAACGCAGUUUGAAAAAUGGAAAAAUCUGUUGGGAAAAAUCAUAUCGUUAUUAGAAAAGAAGACAGUCAAAUUAAUCAUGUCUUGUCGAAUGCAGGUAUAUAAGGAUCACAAAUUGAGAUCGUUAUCAUAUUUUCAAUCCUGUGAAUGUAAUCUUCUAUCUGAAGACAUCUGUUUAUCGAAAACUGAAAAACAAUCUAUUGCUGAAUUUUAUCUGAAAAGAAACGCAUUUAAGAUCAGUGAAUUUUAUGACAUGUUUGACUGUUUCCCUCUUUUGUGUCAAUUAUACAGCAAAAAUACAAAAUUGAGUAUUGUUGAUUUCUUUUUGAAUCCAUUCACAGUUUACAAGGAGGAGAUAGAUAAAUUACAGACAGAUGAAGCACAUGGCAAAUACUGUGCACUUGCUUUAUGUGUUAUGUUUAAUAAUCAUGUGGAAGAAAAAUGGCUUGUGGAAGAUGUAAAUAAAGAUAUCACAACGACUAUAAAGAACACAUAUGAAGCAUGUAAAGUAGUCAAAGGAACAUCACGAAUUGUUAUUCGUGACGAACUUGAUUCAUUAACACAGUCUUAUAUCAGGAAGGAUGGUAAAGUAUUCAAAACUAUUCAUGACAAGCUGUUUGACUUCCUUGCUUUUUACUUUGGCAAUGCUAUGAUGCAUUGUUUAAUUAACAAUGCUUCAAGUCGUUUUAUAAGAGAACGAUUUUCAUUUGAAAAAAGAAGCAAAAAUGACGAUUUUACAAUUAUUGUACCAGAAACAGAUCAGCAAAUAUAUUUAGAGAGAAUGAUAAAUGACUGGUCGAGGGGAAAAGUAGAUGUCUACUGUAAUACUAAUAUGGACAAUGAAACAUUCAGAAAAAAAUUCCGUCGAUAUCUAUACAGGUUAGAAUUAUCAAAACAACAAGAGCUGGCUAAUUCAUCUGACAUUGAUGAUAAAAGUACUCCAUUGAUAAUGUGUUGUUUUGAUGGAGAUAUUGAUAUGGUUAAAUGGUGUUUACAACAUUGUAAAAGUAAUGUAAACCAUAGUCGUAAUGAGGAUGGAUUAUCAGCUUUGUACAUUGCUUGCCAGGAUGGACACACUGAAUUAGUUCAGAUAUUAAUAAACCAUGAGGCUGAUAUCAAUAAGUGUGUUAAAGAACAAAAAGUGUCACCUCUCUUCAUUACUUGUCAGGUAGGAUACACCGAAAUAGCUCAGACGUUAAUAAGCAAUAAGGCAGACAUAAAUAAGUGUAUAGAUACCGGGGAAUCACCCCUUUGGAUUGCUUCUCAGGAAGGACACAUUGAAUUAGUUCAGAUAUUAAUAAAAAAUAAAGCAAACAUUAAUAAAUGCUGUAUUGAAGAAAGAUCACCUCUGUAUAUUGCAUGUCAGAAUGGACAAACUGAAGUAGUUCAAAUGUUAAUAAACAAUAAUGCAGACAUUUAUAAAUGUAAAGAUACUGGACAAUCGCCUUUGUAUAUUUCUUGUCAACAAAGACAUACUAAAGUAGUUCAGAAGUUAAUCAACAAUAAGGCAAACAUUAAUAAGUGUGAUGAAACAGGACAAUCACCUCUGUACAUUGCGUCUUGUAAUGGGUAUACGGAAAUAGUUCAAAUGUUAAUUGACAAUAAGACAGACAUUAAUACGUGUAGCGAUAAUGGCGGAUCACCUCUCUACAUUGCUUGUUAUAAAGGAAAUACUGACAUAGUUGAGUUACUGAUAAACAAUGCGGCAGAUAUCAAUAGUUGUAAUAAUGAAGAAGAUUCACCUGUGUUUAUUGCUUGUCAGGAAGGACAUAAUGAGAUAGUUGAGAAGUUAAUAAACCAUUCGGCAGAUAUCGAUAAGUGUAAUAAUGAAGAAGUUUCACCUUUAUACAUUGCCUGUCAGGAAGGGCAUACGGAGAUAGUUAAGAAGAUACUAAACAAUAAAGCAGCUAUUAAUAAAUGUUGUAAUGAAGAUAUAUCUCCUUUGUAUAUUGCUUGUGCGAAAGGACAUACUGAAAUAAUUCAGAUGUUAAUAAACAAGAAGGCAGACAUUAAUAAGUGUAGUAAUGAAGAAGAAUCCCCUCUGUACAUUUCUUGUCUCGAAGGACAUACUGAAGUAGUUAGGAAAUUAAUAAACAGUAAUGCAGACAUUAAUAGAUGCACGAAUACUGGACAAUCACCUCUGUACAUUGCUUGCUGGAAAGGAGAAACGGAAAUAGCUGAAAUGUUGAUUAACAAUAAGGCAAACAUAAACAAGUGCAGAAAUACUGGAGAAACACCUCUGUACAACGCUUGUAUAGAAGGACAUACUGAAUUAGUUAGGAUUUUGAUAAACAAUAAGGCAGACAUUAAUAAGUGUGAAGAUUCAGAAAUAUCACCCCUGUACAUUGCUUGUCAGGAAGGACAUUCUGAAAUAGUUCAGAUAUUAAUACACAAUAAGGCAGACAUUAAUAAAUGUAAAGAUGCUGGAGAAUCACCUCUGUACAUUGCUUGUUGGAAAGGACAUACUGAAGUAGUUCAGAUGUUAAUAAAGAAUAAGGCAGACAUUAAUAAGUGUGAAAAUUCAGAAGUAUCACCCCUAUACAUUGCUUGUCAGAAAGGACAUACCGAAGUUGUGCAGUUGUUAAUAAACAAUAAGGCAGACAUUAACAAGUGUAUAGAUACUGGAGAACCACCACUGUUCAUUGCUUGUUGGAAAGGACAAACUGAAAUUGUACAGAUGCUAGUAAACCAUAAUGCAGAUAUUAAUAAGUGUAGUAAUAAAGGACAAUCACCUUUGUACAUUGCCUGUAGAGAAGGACAUGCGGAAGUAGUUCAGAUGUUAAUUAACAAUAAAGCAGACAUUAACAAAUGUACGGAUACCGGUGAAUCGUCUCUGUUCGUUGCUUGUGCAGUAGGACAUAUCGAAAUAGUUCAGAUACUUAUAAACAAUAAAGUAGACAUUAACAAAUGUAAACAUAAUGGGCAAUCAUAUCCGUAUAAUAAUUGCUGGGUAGGAAAUACUGCAGUAGAUUCGUUGUUAGAAAACAUUCAGACAUACCUUUAUAUGUGUCAUGAUGAAGAAGUAUCGCCUUUGUACAUUGCUUGUCAGGAAGGUCAUUCUGAAAUAGCUCAAAUAUUAAUUAACAAUAAGGCAGAUAUAAAUUACUGUAGAGGUACUGAUGAAUCACCCUUGUACGUUGCUUGUGAAGAAGGACAUACCGAUGUAGUUGAGGUGUUAAUAGAUAAUAAAGCAGACAUUAAUAUGUGUAAAUAUACUGGAGAAUCACCUCUGUACAUCGCUUGUGAGAAAGGAUAUACUAAAGUAGUUCAGAUAUUGAUAAACAAUAAAGCAGACAUUGAUAGGUUCACAGAUUUUGGUGAAUCCCCUCUGUUUAUUGCUUGUCAAAGAGGUCAUACUGCAGUAGUUCAGAUGUUAAUAAACAAUAAAGCAGACAUUAACAAGUGUAAAGAUACUGAUCAGUCACCUCUGUACGUUGCUUGUGAAGAAGGACAUGCUGAAGUAGUUCAGAUUUUGAUAAACAAAAAGGCAGACAUUAACAAAUGUAGAGACUCUGGUGAAUCACCGCUGAUCAUUGCUUGUGAAGAAGGACAUACCGAAGUAGUUAAUAUGUUGAUAAACAAUAAGGCAGACAUUAAUAAGUGUAGAAACACUGGAGAGUCACCGCUGUGCAUUGCUUGUGAGAAAGGACAUACUGAAAUAGUUCAGAUGUUAACAAUAAGGCAGACAUUUACCCAGUGACUUCGACGUUUUUAGAAUGAAUCUCAUGUCGUACGCGGUAUUUAUUUAGAAUUCGAGACAACUGUUUCAAACUGCAUUUUCUGACGUCAAAUCUGUGAUUAAGACAUUAUACGGAUAUUUUUUUUUUAAUUUGAAUAUCUAGGAUAAAUGUUUUGAUUAAUAUUCAACAUGUUCAAGUAGAAAAAUAUUGUAUUUAUAUUUAAUGUUUGUUUGGAAAAUUGUUGUUUUGAGUAAUAUUUUUACGAGGGGCUCAUACGUACGAAGUGUGGUCUUACGACAAUGGCCACAUAUGUUACUAGCGCUGUCUAAAUAAAGGCAACAGUAAUA